AUGAUAAAAAAAUCGGAUGAGUCUAAACGAAUAUUGAGAAAAAAGCUGAACAAUGAUAUAACGAACAUUUUAUUGUUAUUUGAAAAGGUGCAGGAGUGGGCAGACCUUAGUAACAUAUUGCAGAAAUUAUAUUUGACCAUUGAGAAGUAUGAAAUGUUUGUAGAUGUAGGAUCUAAAUUUUUAUUAUUUAGAAGAUUAUCUCAAUGUUUGAACCCAUUAUUACCAUCAGGAGUACAUUCAAAAGCGUUAAUAAUAUACUCAGUAAUAUUUAAAAAAGUAGAAAAGGAAUUUUUUAUAAAUAACAUACAUAUCUUAUGCUCUGGAAUAUUUGAAUUUAUGUUACAUUGUACAAUAAAUUUAAAAACAAUUUAUUUUAAAAAUAUUAAGAGCAUUUUAAAUUUAAGGGAACAUGUAUAUAUAUUCGCAUAUGCCUUGUUACUUUCUCUUUUUAAUGUAGUGGAUAGUGAUAAUAAUAUUUUACUUUAUAUAUAUUCGAUUAACAAUUAUAUUGGAGAGAAAAUAUUCUUUAAUAAUAUAUGGUUAUUAUUACUAAGACAUAAUGAAAUCAGAACUAAUAUUUUACAUUUUUUAGAGACUUCCUUUAGUCCACAAAUAUAUUUAUUAUCAAAAGAUAGGAUUAAUAUGCUUCUCCCGUUUAGAGAUGAUCUUGUUUUGUCCUCUAUUAUUUUUUGUCUAAAUGAUAAGAGUAUACUGAAUCAGCGAAUCACGCUUAGUCUUUUAAUUAACAAUUUUCCACUAUGUCAAGGCAGUGUUAGAAAUCGAAAAAAAUCAAUUCAUAGAACCAGAGAUUCUGACAGUACAAUGAAGAAUGAUUAUAAUUCAGGGAAAAGUGGCCAGAAUUAUGUCUCCAAUGAUGAUGAAACAGAUGAUAGGGCGAUUGUUAGUCUUCAGAACAAUGUCAUAGAAUCCACGGUGAAAAGAACAGCAUCCUAUAACAUGAGAUAUAUGAACAAUAGAAAUGUUGAUGAAGAUGGUGGUGCUCAUUAUCAUGAUCGUGAUCGUGAUGCUGAUGUUGUUGAUGAUAGAGAUGUAAGCAAAAUGGUGGAGUGUGGAAAGUCCACAGAAGAUGUGAUGAUAAACCGUUUGCAUGUUAACGAAGAGUAUCAGCGUGGGAAUUCCAAAAAGAGGUACUACCAUUGUGACAGUAAAAAUGAUGAUGAAGGAAAUGUGAAUUAUAAUAACGAUAUGUUAAUAAAUACACAGCACAACAAUUUAUAUGUGGGAAAGGACAAUCGUGUAAUGAAUCAGGGAUCAUGGGAAAAUACUAAUAAUCAUAUGGGUGUGAGUUCAUCAGUUUUAUAUUCUUAUAAAGAUGAGAUGGAAGAAGAACCCUUUAAACAUAUGAGUAAGGAACAUAUAAUAACAUUUGAAAAUUCGGAUAAAUUCCAGGAUAAGAACGAAAAGAUGUAUGACAAUACAAGUAUCGGGUUUAAUGAUAAUAAUUCUGCACCAAUUCAAAGUCACAAGAAUGAAAUUGAUGGAGAUUCUUCACGACCAUACAUGCAUAUGAACAAUUACAACAAUUUUGAAAGUAGUGAUGUGGAAAGACAUGCUCCUGCUUACCCAAAAAGUGACGCAAAAAAGGUUAGAUAUUAUGAUACGGACCGAGGGAAUUACAAAUUAGAAGAAGGAGGAGGAGGAGCAGCAGCAGCAGGGAUGAUAAACUCAUCAAUCGAAUUAAGCACAGGAACAAAUGGAAUGAGACAAAAUGAAGAAAGUGAUGCAGCAGCAAGUUCUUGCAUACUAUUCAAUGAUGUGAGUAAAAAAAUUAUUGCACGAAAUGUGAUGUUUUUGUUACAAAAAUCGGAUAUUGGUUUGAAUAGAAGAAUUUUUAAAUAUUUAUAUUUAUACGAAAAUAAUGAUGAGAAAAAUUUAAAAGAAGGAGUAAUAAACAUGGAUAAUUACAAAAUAUUUUACUCGACCAUUAUAGAUAUUCUUGAAAAUAAAUUUCAUGAUAAUUAUAUAAAUGUUUCUGAAGUAUUGUAUAUUCUUUUAAAAAAGUAUGAAUACACUAAUGUAAAUAAAAAAAUUAUGGAGAAGAUAUUUUUAUUUUUAUUAAAUUUUUGUUAUAAAAAUAGAGGGGAUAAAAGAAUAAAAAUAUUUUUAAAAAACGUAUUAAUGUUAAAUUUAAUAAGUUAUGAAAAUAUUAUGAAUAUAUUCAUGUACACUUUUUAUUUUUUAAUGAACAAUUUUGAUAACUUGUUUAAUCAGAAUAUGCAUUUGUAUAUCAAGAAAUAUAUGAACAUUUUAAAUAUUAUGACAUUUUUUGUUGAAUUUGUGAAGAGGAUGAGUAAAUAUGUGUACAUUUACUUUUUAUUCACAUUCAAUGUCGCUACCUUGAAAUUGAUGAAACAUCUAAAUUUGAUAAUUAUUUCAAUUAUUAAAAAGUAUAGUCAUGUAAAAGAUCUCAAUGAGAAGUUCUUUACCAAUUCGAAUGAGAUUGUUUCUGGAAGACAUACAUCUCUUUAUUACUUUUACUUUUUUGUCAUGCAUUACAAUAAUUAUUACAUGAACAAGUGCUUUAUCCUUCUUGCCAUGGAUUCUACCUUUCGUGCAAUUCUUCGAAAGUGGUCUGGUGACCUCUAUGGAACUCAUGAGCUGGGGGUGGAAGGGCAGCUCAAUCGGGUUAAUUGCUUGAGUCAAUCCAAUCAUCUAAGUUCAUCUAAUCAAGUGAACUUAUACAAGAACCUUGUUGUAGAUGAAAAAAAGAACAAAAUGCAGAAAAUUGGAGAAGGGAGAACAAAUGAUCCAGGUGACGACUAUUAUGUACUGGAACGUAAAAAGAAAUAUGAACAAUACAACAAUGAUCAGGAAUUAAAAAUAAGAAUGGGAGAUAAUUCAAUGAAUCAUAUGAAACGGAAAAUGAAAAAAAAGAUGUUCGAAAGCUGCUUAAAUGUUAGUAGUGGAGGUGGUGAUAGCAGCACAAUUAAUAAUUACAAUAUGAGACAUAUGAUGAGAGAAGAACAUGGUAAGAGAAAUGAGACACCCAAUGAGGGAAGUAGUUUAGUACAGUUGAACAUAAAUAAUGUACACGCAUUGAAUGAAGAGAUUAAUAACAACAAAGGAUCUUCAAGAAUAUUUAAAGGUGGUAGUAACAGUUAUAAAGUGAAACUUGAAAACGAUGGACGAUUUUAUACUAUUCUGUUGAAGUAUAAACGAUUGUUAAGAUUGAACUUAAUAGAUGCAAUAGUUAAGAAUAAUGAUUUUUAUUUUUUCACAAAUAGCUAUGAAUAUGUAAUUUUUCUAUUUUACAAUUAUCACUUAUUAUUAGAUGUGCAAAAUUUGAAUAAGAGUUGCUUCAUGUUCUUGAGACAUAUUUUAAAGAAUUGUACUUGUGAAAAUAAGGAAAAAUUUUAUUUCUGGUGUGUUCUUUUUCUGAACAUUAUAAGGAUCAAUUUUAACAAAUCUUUGUUGAAAAAUUAUAAUGUCAUGGAUGAAGAAGACGGAUUAUACGGUGGAGAAGUAGUAGAUAGAGGUGAAAAAAUGUAUUAUAACAAUAAGAAGGGAGGUAUGAUGAGAAGCAAAGGUGGGGAAGAAGAUGAUGAAAAUGAUGAUGAAGAAGAAGAAGAUGAAGAAGAUGAUGAUGAAGAAGAUGAUGAUGAAGAAGAAGAUGAUGAUGAGGAUGAUGAAGAAGAUGAUGAUGAGGAGGAGGAGGAGAAGGAAGACGACGACGAAGGAGAGAAUGAAAAACUUGAUAAUAAUCAUCAUGGAAGAAAUAUAAAUCCUGUUGGGAGUCGAACAGGAAAUACCAUUGUGGAGCAUCACAACAGUGACAGCAAAAAUAGAACCUAUGGUGGUACGAGAAAAAAAGGAGAAGAAGAAAAUUCUGAUAGUAUACUCGAAAUGAGACAAAGAAAUAAGAAGCAGAAGAAGAAGGAGAAGAAGAAGAAGAAAAAAAAAAAAAAAAAGAAGGAAAAGAAUAAUGAUCAUAUAGAGAGAUUCAAGAAAGAACAGGAAGGAAAAUUCAACGAAUUGAAAUAUAUAGAUGAAUUGAAAAUGAAAAAGAAAAAGAGAAAUAAUACGUUUAAUAAUUAUUUUGUGAAAAAAGAACAGGAAUUACUUUUCAAUAAAGCAUUUGUCGAAAGUGUAUUAGUGUAUGGAAAUAAGAUUGUGAAGUGUAUAUUUUAUUAUAUCAAAAUAUUGAGAAAGAAUAAGAAAUUUAUAAAAAUAUUUUUCGAUAUAAAUUAUUUGUAUUUUUUUUGUGAUAAUAUGUAUUGUCUAAAAAUAUUGAGGAAUUCAUUAAAAAGUAAAGAUAAUUACGAGUUAACAAUAAAUGUUAAAGUAAUUUUGGAAUUCAUUCUUAAUAAUAAAAAUAGUGAAUAUCAUAUUUUUCAUUCAAAUUUUUAUAGCCUUACACAUGAUAUUUUUAAGUUAUACAAUAGAAGAAAUACUCUCAUAAAUUAUUACAUGAUUAAGUAUAUAAAGAAUAAUAAGAAAAAUCUAGCAUACAUUUUGGACAAUAUAAUAAUUAGUAUGUUUGAUUUAAUUAGCGAAAUUGAAGAAGGGCUGCUUAUCAAUGUUCAUUAUCAGAUGGAACUUUACAACAACACAGGUAGACAGCAGAAUGAUUCGAUGAUGUUAUUAAAUAAUCGCCAUUGGUGUAGUAAUGAAGAGGUUAUACAUGCAAGUGGUCACAUGUCUGUCAUGGAAAAUUAUGAUAGCAUGAUAGGAGUUAAAACGGAAGCUUUGGCAAUGGGUCACACGCCUGUGGGUAAAAAUCUUGAUCGGAAGGGAAUUUCAUACCAAUAUCACCAAAUGAGUGCAGCUCACCAGAUGAAUGCAGCCCAUCAAAUGAGUGCAUCCCAUCAAAUGAGUGCAGCCCAUCAAAUGAAUAGAACUCAUCAAACAAUUCGUGGAACGAAUGCGCAAAGCAACUAUGAAAAAUUUUUGAGGAAAUUAAAGUGUAAAUUUGAUUAUAUAAACUUCUUCUUCAUGAGUAUUGAAAAUUUUAUGUUGUGGUUAUACAGACAUAGAGUGAGUAAGAGGAUAUAUAACGCUAGAAGUAAAAUGAAUUUGACUAAUUAUGAGAAGAAUAUUCCUAUCGUAAUGUGUUAUAUAUGCACAGACGGGAAUAUAAACUCCUCUUAUUUUAGAAAUUACCUCGAUGUCUUCUUUAUCUUGUUUCUCAAAAUAAUUUACAUAAAUGAAAAUUUGGCUGACAUUGGGACAAGUGCAGGUGUGAGUUGCCUGACCGCAGGUGCGUCUACAGGAAACAUCGCGACCGCUGCAAAUAUGACCAGUGCAAAUAUGACCAGUGCAAAUAUGACCAGUGCAAAUAUGACCACUGCAAAUAUGACCGGUGCAAAUAUGACCACUGCAAAUACUACCAUCGCUGCCAAUCGGACAAACAGAGAUGACCUUUCUCGCACUGAUAAAAGCUUCUUGAUGAAUGACAACGAGAAAGGAAAGAUAAAGAGCACGAAAAACAGUAGUCUCUCUGCCAAGCAAAAAGAAAAAAAUUCUUUGAAACAGAACAUGUUACUGGAAUUCAAAAGGGACAUAAUAAAUCUGAUUACACACAUAUUUUUUUACACAUACAAUUAUAACAAGAAAUUUGAUUAUAUAAAAAUUUUAAACAAUUAUUAUAGACAAAUUAUUCACCACUUUUUAUUUUUAUACUUUUAUUUUACUGUUAAAAAGUAUUAUAUCUUACAAAUUCAGCUUAUAAAUUUUAUAAGAAACAUUUUACCGAUAUAUGAAAAUAAUACAGAUAAAAAUUUUUUUUCAUGUGAUGUAUUAGAUAAUGAUAAAACAUUUAAAAAAAUAAUGAAGUAUUCUAAUUAUGAAGAAUUUAUUUUGGCUAGUAAAUAUCAUUAUGAGUUAAUAAAUAGAAAUAAUCAGAAUGUGAAAAAUGAUGUUUUUAUCUUUAGUAUUUUAAGAAAGAGUAUGACCAUUAUAUUUAAUUUUAAUGAACAUGUCAUAUAUAAAGAAGUUUUAAAAACAAUUAUUUAUCUUAUUGAAAAUAUUAUUAUUGAAAAGGAUGUAAAGGCAUACUACUUGACUGUUUUUUUUUUAGAUUUGUUGUAUAUUAUUAAAUCAGAAACACAAAAAAAGAAAAAGAAUAUUUUUUUUAUAAUGAAAUUUUGUCAAUUUUUAACAGAAAUUUUUAAAUUAAUUUAUCGAGAUGAAGUGAAAACGCAACUUAAAUUUCAAAAUAAAUUUGAUUUCGAUAAUGACAUAACUAUUGAUGAUAUUGAAAACAGUCUUUGUGAAAAUAAAAUUUCUACUGCACCUUUUUGUUCUGUUUUUUCAAUAAAGACGGAUGAUAAGUUUAUGAACACUCAGCACAAAAAUAUAUCCACACUCUUUUCUGUGAUUUUCAAUUUGUAUGCAUUCUUGAAGAAAAAAUUGAAGAUUUACUGUAAGAAUAAUAGAAGUCUCAUGGCCCACGAUGACAGAAACGCCCCUCUGACAAGUAGCGUUUAUAAUAAUAGUAGCAUGUAUAACAAUAAUAGCAGCAUGUACAACAAUAACAGCAGCAUGUACAACAAUAACAGCAGCAUGUACAACAAUAAUGGCAGCAUGCAUAAUGAGAAUAACAACGCUGCAGGAAUAUACACACCUUCUUCUGGAGGUGGUGAUGCUCUUAGAACCCAUGCAUCUAAUUAUGUAAAUCACGAAGGAACUCAAGUUUCUAACCUGUACAGGCAGGGAAAUGAUGUACAUGCAGAAACAGCCAAUUUGGUUGAACACAUAGAUGGAGGAACAGUACUAACUAAUGAACUGAUUCAUGUAGAAGAAGCAUUACGAAUGAAUGGUGCAGGUCUAAUGGAGGAAUCUGUUCUUGUAGAAGAGAACAGAAUGAUUGGUAUUGAAGGAACAUCUCGAGUGGCAUCUCAUGGUAAUAAUGCACAUGGUCAGUAUGUUGAAGGCGAGAAGGUAGAUAGAAAUUAUGGACAUAAUGAAAUACUAAUUGGGAACGAGACAAUGAGAGGAAACAUACGCAUGGAAAAUGCUAAUAUUUGCAAUGGAAAAAUUGGGAUAGAAAAUGAACAGAUGAAUGAAUUUCAACGCGUAAGUAGUGGCUACAUGAUGCAGCAGAAUUAUGGAUUAUCAAAUGGUACUUUUGAGUUCCAAAAGAUUGAUCAAAGCAUGAACCAAGGAAAUCACUCCAAUAAUCACACCAAUAAUCUCUCCAAUAAUUAUAUAACUGUUGAGGGUGAUAUGAUGAUGACUUCAGAAAUGAAUGAAAAGCACAUUUAUCGUGAAAAGAUGAACCAAGGAAAUAUGGAAACCAGGGGUGGUCAUGUUGUGUACAAUAAAAUCAAUGGAAUGAAUAACUCAAUGGGUAGUAGUACCUACCCCAGUGCUUACUAUUGCAAUGUUGAAUAUGGAAAUGAGCAAGUUCUGAAUGAUGGAAUGGAUUUUAUCCACGUUGGCACAAUGAGAGUUGGGAACCUGGGGAACAUAAACAAUUUAGAAAAAGAUCUACAUGCAGGAAGUCACCAGGAGUUCAUGCAACAGAUGAAAAACGGAUCGUUUAAUAACAACAACACGAAUAAUGGAACAGUUGCUGCGAAUAAUUCUGUCGCUAACCGGGUGAGCACGUGUAACAAUAACAAUAAUAACAACUUUAGUAAUAGCAAUAAUUUUAUGAUCCCAUAUGGAAAUAUGGAAAAUGGAGAUGGCUACAUGGGUGGUGAGAAAGGGAACACAAAGGAAACGAGUUUAAACAUUCACAAGGAUAUAAACACUUAUAUAAAAACGGAUGAAAAUGCACGUCUACGCUCAAAAAAAAUUGAUAAUUCAUUUCUGUAUGGAGGAAAGUUAAAAAGCAAUAAUACACAAAAUGAUGGUCCGAAGAGGAACAAAAAUAUAUUACUACUCAAGGUAUGCUUAAGGAAUAUAAUAUCUAUUAGCAAGCUCUUAUAUUUUGUGACAAGAAAUGAUUUUCUUUUUAUUGAAAGCUUAUACAGUAUAUUUAAAGAAUACAUUACCAAGAGGAGGGAAUAUGACAAGAUGAAGAGCGACAAUUUGGAUAGGGAUAAAGUUGGUGAUAAUGAUGACAGUGCCUACAAUGGUGAUAAUCGUCGAACUCGUCAUAAUCCUGACAAUACUGAUGGAUAUAGUACUAAUAAUAAUGAUGAUUAUAAUGUCUAUGAUAAUGAAUAUGGUAAUGAAUAUGGUAAUGACUAUGGUAAUGAAUAUGGUAAUGAUUAUGAUAAUGAAAAUAUCGACAGUGACGAUGACAGUAACAGCGGAAGUUACAACAAUAGCAACAGUGACAGCUACAGUGACAAUGGUGAGGAUGACGACAUAUUUGUGUCCUUACAUGAACAUAAAAAUAAAUUUUUAAAGAGCAUUAUGAAGAAGGUGAAAAUGGUGAACAAUAGCCACCAUGCUGGAGAGUAUUAUGACGAGGAAGAGGGAGAAUUUUAUUAUGACGAUAGAAAUGAGGAAGAUCAUGAUAAUAGGAGUCAUCAGGACAGUUACAAUGAUGAUGAAAUGGGUGAUGAAGACGACGAUUAUAGUAACGAAGAUGAAGAGAAAAUAAUACAAGAACAUGUGGAUAAUUUUAUCGAUGAUAAGAGAGAAAUAGUGGGAGGAGUAACUGCUUUGGGAAGAAAUAUGUAUAAAAAAAAGAGAAAAAUAAGAAAGGAAAGAAUACGAGAAUAUUUUAAGAGGGAAAAGAAAUUGUUAAAAAAAUUAAAUUUUGUAAGCAGAUUUAGUAAAAAUUCAAUGAAAAAAAGUAUGAUUGUUAUGAACAAGUCAGGUGAAUUGAUAGAAAAAAAAAAAUUAUUUUUUUCGCUAACUUUGCUAACUGAAUUUCACGAUGAUAUAUUGGUUAAAAUAUUGGAAGAUUUAUUAAAUUAUUAUGAAAAAUAUAAAGCAAAAAUUAAUAUAAACGAAUUUAUGUAUUUCCUUUUCCAUAUUUAUUUAAAUAUAUGUACCUUAACAAAAAGAAUAAUAAAUUGUUUCAUUGAUUUUAUGUUUUCCCUUAUCAAAAAAAUAACUCAAACGUCACAAAAUAUUAUGAGCAGUUUGUGGUUUUUGUACAUAUUAUUCGUGAUAGAAAAUAAUCAUUUAUACGUUUUCAACGACAAAUUGCAGAAAAAAAUUAUCCUUGAGCAGAUAAGUAUAUUGAUACAAAUAUCUCUCUAUAGCUAUUAUUCAAAAAAUGUAAAAAAUAAUUAUAACAUCCAGACACCUUUGCCAAAUUUUGUCUUACCCUUUAAUAUUCAUUAUGUUGUUCAGAAUUAUUUUAGAAAUAAUAAUUUUUUUAAAAAAAAAAAAAAAAAUGCAAAAUCUUAUUAUAUGAAAAAUUUAAAAUUGAUAGAGAGAAAUUUUAACAUAAAUGAUUACUCUGAAGUAGCUGCUAUCAAUGCUUUAUCAUUUCUCCUAUUAUGUUUUUACCACAUGGUCGUGAAUAUUGGUAGUAGUAGUAGUCUCCCUGACAGUGCAGGAAAUGGACAUAGUAGCACAAAUGUUGGAACUCAUAACAGCAGCAGUAACUAUAACGCUGUGCAAAAUGGAUCCCAUAGUAAUAAUUACACCAGUAACAAUAAUCAUAAUGGAAACAACAGGAGUGAAAAUCAAAUUAAAAGCUACAUUUGCGAAUCGUCCGUUAAUCUAUUUUAUGAGAAUUUCAACAAGUACCUAUCAUUGAUAUAUAACAACAGUUUGCAGAAUGUUUUUUUUCGAUAUUCGUUUCUUCUCAUUAUGAAUUUCCUGAUUGAUUACAAUUAUAACUGUAAAUAUUAUAUAAAAAAAAUAACUUUCGAUUUGUAUGCUUAUAUAACGAAUGUGGACAUAAGAUGCAUUAAAGCCUUGUCAAGUAUUUUUAGAAAAUUGAACGAAACAAAUAUUGAUGAAUUGUUGUUAGUUCCAACAAGCAGUAUCUUUUCUCUCAAAUUUAAUAUAAUAAAUUCCAGAAUUAAUUAUAUUAAUAAAUUAUCUUUGAUAAUUUUAGCAGGGAAUCGCAACUUUUAUCUUUGCCAUUUACCCAAAAUUGCAGAAAAUAUUUCAGAAUAUCUUAAAUUUUGUACCGAUCUAAAAUUGUAUCGAGAAAUACUAAUUCUCAUUUGCAGUAUCAUAAUUAAGAAUGAUGAAAAUGAAAUUUAUAUCAUCAUACCUACCUUUAUAUCUUUAAUUCUUCAAAUAUACCAUGUGGAAAGAAUAAAAUACAAAAUUGCAGUUGAGAAUAUCAAAACGGUGGACAAAGAUGAAGACAAUUAUAUUUAUGAUUUCAACUCUUAUAACAACACCGACGUACUUUCUCUCUUAAAAACACUUCUCAUCAUUAUUAACAUCCUAGUCAAGCGUAAUGUCAGCUUCAUCAACUUUUAUUCGUGGAUUUUCUUCAAAGAUAUAUCCAUUAAGAGAAAUUCUUUCUCCAUGCACAAAGAUAUGGGUAAUUAUGCCACCAAAGUGCGUCCAGGAGGUACAUUGGGAAAUGUUUCCUCAGGUGUACACACAACAUCGUUCAGAGAAAAAGGAACGAAUAGACAAAUUUCCAUUACGGAAGAAAGCUUUUCUGCAAACCGACAAGAUGGUGGCAUGGACUACCCACGUUACAGUAGAAAAGAAAACACUAAUAUUAAUAAUACAGAAUCUGUGCAGGUAGAUAGCUUAUAUAUUAGUAACCAGUUCGGGGAUUCAAACCCGAGUGAUAAUAUGGUAGUAGUACAAGGUGUUAACUUCAAAACUGAUGAGGAAAAAGUCGCCCCCCAAAAAAAUGUCCUAAUUGAUGGAAAAGAUGAAUAUUUUUCGUCACCUAGUAGAGCAAGAGAAGACAAAAUUGAUAGUGAUAAAAAUGAAAUAAUCACAGUUCUGUUAAACGCUAAUCAGGAAGAAGAUAAUUUUAAUAAAUCGAGCUCAAUGUCAGGAUUUCAAAUUAUGAAAAUGAAUAGUAGUGUCCAGAAUAAUGGAAAAACAGAAGAGGGGAAAUUCGUUGCUUUUCUUGAUAUCAUUGAAAGAUUGUAUACACCUACACACCAGUUAAAGAAAAGCAAAUUGGGAAAUGAUUCGAACGAUGCAGGCGAUCCGAAUGAAGCGAAUCCCUUGAGUGGUGAGGAAAGUUCAAGAAAUUUAAAUUCCGGUGCUGCACAAGGAGUCAUUAAAAAUAACUGUCAAACGAAUGGUCUGUCAGUGAAAUUUGUCGAUCAACUGAAAAACGAAAAUGCACAAAGAGGACAAUACAAUAAACAGAAUAGUCACGUGGAUAAUUUUAAAAAAGAUUUAUAUUACUGUGAUAAUUACUUAAGUGAGUAUAUACUAAACACGAGAAAUCAUUUGUCUGGAUAUUCCUCGUGUGAAAAUAAUUUAAGUAGCUCUUCUGUGAAUUCGAUAAAGAGUAAUUUUUCGAAUAAUUUCUCAAAAGAUAUUACUGGGAUUUUAUCAGAUACAUCUGAUGAUCAAGAUGUUAGCAAUAGCAGUUCCAAUGAUGUUAAUAAUUUUUUCCAGUUAAUUCCGAAUAUGGAAAAUGAUGAAGAAAUUUCUUCUGAUGAUAUAUACAACAAGGUCAAUGAAAAGUGGAAUCAUGUACAUUGUCUAACGAAUUAUGGCAUGAAUCAACUGCGUAAGAAAAAAAAAAAAAAAAAAAAAAAAAUUUCCGUUCAUUCAAGUCAGAAUAUACCUCUCAUUUUGGUGUAUCUUUCUAGAAAAAUUAAAUUAAAUUUUUAUAAAUAUUCAAUGAAGAAACCAAGGGAUGAAACCCUCAUUUUGUUAAAAGAGUUGAACUCUGUUCACAAUGAUAUUAAUGAUUUGUUUUUGGAAGUCGACUUGAGCCAAGUGCACUCAGACUUUAUUAUGAAGUAG